AUGCAGAAGAUAUUUACAAAGUUUUCAUCGUCUGUCAGGACCCUCAAGUUUGGUGUUGUAGAUCUUAAAAAACAUAAACUCAAUCUUCAUGAAGUUGUUCCUUUCUCUCCUUCUUUAAACCCAGGAGAGACCUCCGUCCUUUGCUUCGCAAAUAUCACACCUAGGGAGAAGGUAGAAGAGCUGAAAUUGUUAAGAAGAAGAGAAGACGUGUCCCGGCAUACACUUUCUGUCUCUGUUUAUCAAGGAGAUUUUGCUGAUUUUACUUCUCUGGAGUCCUUCGCCACCAGAUGCGCGUCGGCUGUGAAAGGCCGCGCAAUAGUUGAGCAGGGCUGCAGCAGCAGCGCUGCAGUAGAAGCAGCGCAGCAGCAGCAGCAGCAGCAGCAGCAGCACCAGCGGCGGCGGCACUGGAUCAGCAGCAGCAAUGCAGCAGCAGGAGCAGCACUGCAACAGCAGGAGCAGCACUGCAACAGCAGAAACAGCACUGGAACAGCAGGAACAGCACUGCAACAGCAGCAGCAGCAGCACUGCAGCAGCUGUAAGAGCACCUAA